AGAUCAAGCCAGAUGAAUCCGCCGGAGAUUUCUCGCCGGAUACGGCGGUGAAGUGUCAUCUUCGUGGUUUUCGAACUUGAGGCGACAUGUCGCUUCUCCAUAUUAUGUCGAGAUGUCGGGUUCCCUGCCUCGUGGUCCUGUGGCUUUGCCACGGCACCGAGCUUCGCGUUGAGGCGGUGUCGCAGCACGGGGCGACGCAGCGGGUGGCGAUCGCGGCGACGGGGCACCUCGAGGACGCCGCCUCGACGGCGAAGGCGACGGAAGCGGUGAUGCGACGCGAAGAAGCACGGAGCACGGAAUGCUUCCGGGAUGAUGACUGGACCAGCAACGGUUGUCCAGUCUAUGAUCAGACCAAAUGCUCAAGCUACAGCGAGAAGGAAUGCAGCACUAGUUGUGAGGAGCACAAAGUUUGUUUGAGGCUCUAUAUGAGUCCUUUGAGCUACACGUGCUGCGACGAUGGAGACAUCCAUCAUCUCUUUCACCGCGUACCUCCACCUCCACCGCCCAGGACUGAAGAGGCUCCAGCUCCAGCUCCUGCAGCAGAGACGAACCAGCCUAGCGACGAUCCAGUGAACAUGGUGCUGCCCUUUUCAGGUGAGGAGACGGACGCGCAGUUUCUGGCCAUUUCGCGCUGAUGCUGGCAUUACCCGCCUUUGGAUGGCCUUGCGAAGGCGCAGUACUUUGGACAUUGUGGUGGUCUUCACCAUGCCCUGAUUUCAUGUCAGGUGUUCGAUGGCAAGAGUAUGACAUCCGACACCGUUGCUGGAGUGUCGUGACACGCACCUUACCUUGCAGCCGCGUUGCGAGGCAUGGCGCGGGCUGCUGGCAUCCCCUGAAGGCAGCAGGGUGAUGCUUUGGCCCAGCUGGCCGGCUGAAACGACCGCAAGCGGCUGUGAGUGGUAGUGGGAUGAACGCAGCUAAGACCUUUUGGGGAUCUUUAGGAAGAGGAGCUGAAUGGGA